AUCACAGAUGACUUGUUAUCCAGAGAACUGAAGGUCAAAUAGGGUAUCCAUCGGUGAGCUUGGGGAGCGGACUGGAGACAAAGGACGACUUUCUCUAGGAGCUGUGUGCCCCCCUUUGCCACCCCCUUCCGGUUUCCACUUGGUAGCACCUUCCUGAUCCCCUUAUCUCCAAGGCUCUUAAGGAUAUGCCCCCCUGCAGGAGCCUUCCGGGAAAUGCUGCUCUGACCGCCCAGGAACCAUGAGUCCUGCAGCUCCGGUUCCGCCUGACUCCACCCUGGAAAGUCCUUUUGAGGAAAUGGCCCUUGUGAGGGGCGGCUGGCUGUGGAGACAGAGCUCCAUCCUCCGCCGCUGGAAGCGGAACUGGUUUGCCUUGUGGCUGGAUGGGACCCUGGGCUACUACCACGAUGAGACUGCCCAGGAUGAGGAGGACCGCGUGCUCAUCCAUUUCAACGUCCGCGACAUAAAGAUCGGCCAAGAGUGCCACGAUGUGCAGCCCCCAGAAGGCCGGAGCCGAGAUGGCCUGCUGACUGUGAACCUGCGGGAGGGCUCCCGCCUGCACCUGUGUGCUGAGACCAAAGAUGACGCCAUAGCGUGGAAGACGGCACUGCUGGAGGCGAACUCCACGCCGGUGCGCGUCUACAGCCCGUACCAGGACUACUAUGAGGUGGUGCCACCCAACGCGCACGAGACCACGUAUGUCCGCAGCUACUAUGGACCGCCCUACGCAGGGCCUGGAGUGACGCACAUAGUGGUGCGGGAGGAUCCCUGCUACAGCGCGGGCGCGCCCCUGGCCAUGGGCAUGCUUGCGGGAGCCGCCACAGGUGCCGCACUUGGCUCGCUCAUGUGGUCGCCCUGCUGGUUCUGAGCCCUGGACCCUGCGCAUAGACCAAAAAGACCCCCUUUCUCUUUGGUCCCACCUUUCACUAGCCGAGCCCUCUCUCACUUUGGAAGCUAUUGUCCCAGGCACAAACAUAGCUCAAAAUCCUUCUAUCUACUGCUAGACACUCCAGAAAUCCAUUAUAGACACAAUUGGAAAUGUUUCUCCCAAAUACACCAGGACACAGAAAACGCAACUCAUGGGGCUUCAAGUUCCUCAGCCACUGGAGACACAAGAAUCAGAUUCUUUGCUCUGGCAGCUCCAGGCAUGGUGGGGGCAAACAGGAGUAAAGAAUCACUUGACAAGGUGGAGUUAUCAACUUUUGACAGUUAUGAGGGCAAAGAAUGAGGAAGGUAGGCUAGGACUGCAGUUGUUGGCAAGAGUGCCGAGCUGUGAACAUAAUGGUAUGUCCAAAGAAUUGAAAGGGAGUCAUUUGGGCUGGGGUGUGGGCAGGGGCCAGAUCAUGAUGGUCCUCCAGGCUAAGAAGGUGCUGAGUAAGGGGCAGAUGUGAGCCUUUGGAGGGAAGUUUCAUGAUUGCACUUAUAAUGAACAUAUUGCCUGUUUUAAUACCCUAACACUCCCUGAAUUUAGCCCCAUCCUUCCCACUACUAGAUUUCUGGGUCCCUUGUUCCUUCAAUGCUCAGAAAGCCCCUGUUUUCCAUGUCAGGGUACUUGGGGCAGCAAUUGAGCUGAACCUGAGGUUCCCUUGCUAGGGGGCAGGUGAGCUCUUAUUUGUGACUUGCCCCUAGGUUGGUGCCUCCAUCAAUAAAUGAUUUUCUACUCUCCAGGACAUUGGCUUUCUAUCCAUAGCUGUGGCUAUCACCAUCUCAGGCUCUGUCCCUUCCUUCACUCUGAGAGAGAUGGCAAUGUUCACCUCUGGGACCUGAUCCAUCUUUGUCUUAGUCCAAGAGGCCCCACAUGUGCCUCCCUGCAGGUGGCCCAGCAGUCUCCUCAUUUGGUCCCCUUCUGGUCUCCUCUCCCAUCCUGUCCCAGUCACUAGCAGAAAUGCUAACAUUCCUGCCCAGUAGCCAGAGUAGCAUGCUAAAAUUCCCUUGUAGAUAGGGGCUCCAGUUGCCCGGCUGCAGAAACUAAUAAAGGUGUGGUUGGCUCUA